GUGAUCGAGCAGAUCGGCUCGAGCAUAACAUCCCUAUCCGUAGCAACGUGGGUUCAAGUGGGAACAUAAACAAGCAGCAGAGGACGAAGAUGUUCAUUUUUCUUUUCUAUAUUUAUCUACUUUAAUUUCCUGUUUCUGAAUAUUGAGUUGGACAUUUUAACUUCGUCGGACACAACUGGAAGGAAAGGUUUUCCCGCCUUUCUCCACUGUUUUUCCUCAGAAGAUGGCAACGAACCAGACAUCCUGAGUUUCCCUGAAGCCCUCACCAGGAGCUACAGCUAAUUAGCGGGAAGUUGGGAGCUCGCGCUGUUACAGGAAACAGAGAAGUAAACCAGCAGCUGUUGCUGGGUGAAGCAUUCAGGAUAACAUGGAUGCUGGUGAAGGGACCAGAGAUGUGCAGGUGGAGCUGGACUCGGUGGAGGCUGAGCUGGAGCUGGUGGAGCUGCAGAUCGCCGAGCUGCUGCAGAAACAAGCCGAGCUGACAUCUAGGAAGAACGCUCUGCUGUCGCAGCUGGAAGACGCCUGCCAUGCAGCUCGUCCAUCUUCAUCCUCAGCUUCCUCGAAGGCAGAGCCGGGGAUGAGCCAGCAGGAGCUGCAGUGCUACGACGGCUCAGAUUUUCCAUGGUCCAGAGAGGUGGAGCAGCACUUGAGGGACUCGUUCCUACUCUCCAAGUUCAGAGCGCUGCAGCUGAGAGCGAUCAACCUGACCCUGGCUGGCCGGGAUUUAUUCCUGGUGAUGCCGACGGGAGGAGGAAAGAGUCUCUGCUACCAGCUGCCUGCAGUUUGCUCCGAAGGCUUCACACUGGUCAUCACGCCGCUGGUGUCUCUGAUGGAGGACCAGAUCAUGUAUCUGAAGUCCAUCGAUGUGUCAGCUGUCAUGUUGAAUGCAUCCAGCAGUAAGGAGCAUGCCAAGGCGGUCAUGGCUGGAAUGACCGAUCUAAAGGCUCCGUUCAAGCUGCUGUAUGUGACUCCAGAGAAGAUCGCUAAGAGCAAGCUGCUGAUGUCUCGUCUGGAGAAGGCCUACAACGCCAGCCUGCUGAGCCGUAUUGCUGUGGAUGAGGUGCACUGCAGCAGCCAAUGGGGACAUGACUUCAGACCAGAUUAUAAGCUGCUGGGUAUCCUGAAGAGACAGUUCCCUAAAGUCCCUCUGCUUGGCCUCACUGCCACGGCAACCAGCAGCGUCCUCAAGGACUGUGAGAAGAUCCUGUGUGUGCAGCAGCCAAUCACACUCACUGCCUCCUUCAAUCGGACCAAUCUCUAUUAUGAGGUUCGGGUUAAAGAUUCUGACAGCAAUGCAUCCGUCAGUGAUAUCACCUCCCUGAUAAAGAGCAGAUACAAGGAUCAGUCAGGGAUUGUGUACGUUUUCUCUCAGAAGGAUGCAGAAACCGUGUCGUCUGAGCUCCAGAAAAGAGGUGUCCUGGCGUAUCCGUACCAUGCUAACAUGGACCAUGAAGACAAGUCCCGGGUUCACCGCAGAUGGACCUCUAAUAAAAUCCAGGUGGUGGUAGCUACAGUGGCGUUCGGCAUGGGCAUCGAUAAACCUGACGUCAGGUUUGUGAUCCACCACACCAUCAGCAAGUCCAUGGAGAACUACUACCAGGAGAGCGGACGAGCAGGGCGAGACGACCGUCCUGCAGACUGCAUCGUCUAUUUUGGCUUCGCUGACAUCUUCAGGAUCAGCACCAUGGUGGUGAUGGAGAACGUUGGUCAGCAGAAGCUGCUGCAAAUGGUCGAUUACUGUCAGAACAUGGACAGGUGUCGGCGCUCUCUCAUGGCUGUUCACUUCGAUGAGGUGUGGGACGAUGAAGGCUGCGACCAGAUGUGUGACACCUGCCGGCAUGCAGAAGGCUACAAGGACGUGGACAUAACUGAACAUGCCAAGCAGGUGGUGCAGAUCGUGGAGUUGGCAGCAUCCAUGGAUGAGAAGCUGACCCCGCUGAAGCUGGUGGAGGCCUGGAUGGGCAAGGGUCCUGCCAAACGCAGGAAGAUGAUCCAGACCACCAAGCUGAGCCGGCUGCAGGUGGAAGCCGUGAUCGUCCGCAUGUUGCUGCUGGGAUACCUCAGAGAGGACUUCAGCUUCACCCCGUACACCACCUACUUCUACGUGAAGCUGGGCCGGAAAGCUCCUCUGCUGAAGAACCAGAGCCAUGCCGUCCGGAUGAAGAUGAGGACGGCUGAGCCAGGACCUGCUGCGGGCACAUCAGCUGUUCUGGAGGAGGUCACUGUGACCUUUGACCCACCACCACCCAAGCAGAAACUGUUUAAGGAACAGAAGAACAUGUCCAGGAAAGAAGAGCUGAAGUCAGGCAGGCUGACAGAGGAGGAGGCUGAGCAGGUUGCCGUCGUGUCCCGGUGUGUCGUUGCUGUAGACAUCAAUAGAGUAGACGAUGAUGGUCUCAGGACUUCACAACAUCAGCAUGAACCUUGUUCCAGACACAAACCCAGCAGCUGCAGGAGAACGAGGAAGAACCCCCGUUAUCCUUCAUCUCUGAGGUCUCCUUGUGACAGCCCCGCCCCCACGGCACCCAGCUCGCCAUCGCAGGCCUCCGUCAUCUCUGACACGGCGGCUGAGGAGCUCAGCGACCUCAGGAAGUACUAUUGCAGGCAGCUUAGGAGAAUCAACUACAUCUCCCAUGAGCACCUGGGGCGGCCAGUAGAGCCGGGGGUGUUGUCCUGCAUCUGGGAGCCUCUGAGGAGCCUUCGCAGGGCCACCAUUGGCCAGACGGCCCGCAGCCUGUGGAUGCGGGUCAGCAGCAGGAGGAAACUGGUCCACCGCUGACGUGAUGCUGCUGCCACGUGUUCGAUCCCAGAACAGCUGAUCAGAGCUGGACUCAUCCAGAAAAAUCCAAACCAGGUUCAGUUUCUGACCCUGAAACAGCCCCUCCGAGGAUGGACCUGGUUUCUGCCUGAUGUUGUUUCUGUUCUCACAUCUUCACUUUCUGCAUGUUAGUAAGUAAAAAUAAAUAAAAGAUGAAAUGUU